UACACUUAUUUUAAUGCGUAUGAACUUAAUAUUGACUUUGGAAAAUUAUGAAAAUGCAAAGUAACGGUUGAGGAACGACGCAUAAAGUAAGCGACAGAGGGCGCUAUCCAGUAACAACACAGCCCAAACCACUCCCUUUCAUUAUUAGUGAGGAACUCUGGGAAAACAUGGCUGCUUCCUGCACUUACCGCAUAUUUAAUUUCCACAAACCCGUAGGACAGAAUUAAUAAACCUGCUUUCUGUGAUCUUGUCAUUCCCCGAACAAAACUUGUAUUUAUACAAUCACGUCAAAACGUUGUCAAUAGCUAGCCAUGGAGAAAAGAGGCAGCGUCGACAGUCUUGGCUCUAAACAAUCUUCUUCGAGACAACCAAGUGUAGAUUCAUUGUCCAGCACCUCAACCUCUCGUUCAGAUCGGUCCUCUCAAACCAAGCCUCCUUCUUCGGCAAUGUCUUCAGACUCGGUCUCCACUGCAGAGUUUUCCCCAGAGUUGCGGGGAAAGCCCAUAGCUGUUGCAAAGGUUCUCAGGGAUGCAAGUAAAGAGGAACCACAGUUACUGCCAAAAGAGACUGUACAACACAUGACCAAAGACGUCACCUACAUCUGCCCUUUCAUUGGAGCACUGAGGGGAAUGCUGACUGUUACCAACUAUAGACUAUUCUUCAAAUGCAUGGAUAGGGAGCCAGCGUUUCUGCUCGACCUGCCCCUAGGAGUAGUGAGCCGUGUGGAAAAGAUCGGCGGUGCUUCGAGUCGUGGUGAGGUCUCCUACGGACUGGUCUGCAAGGAUCUUCGAAAUCUGCGGUUUGCGCACAAGCAGACGGAAGACUCGCUCAGGAAGUCCAUUUUUGAGGUCCUGAUGAAAUUUGCCUUUCCUGUUUCCAAUGGACUGCCAAUAUUUGCCUUUGAGUACGGACAAGUCUUUCCAGAAAACGGCUGGAAGGUGUAUGAUGCCCAAUCGGAAUACAAGAGACAAGGUUUGCCUAACGAGAGCUGGAGGAUGACCAAAGUGAACGAUCACUACGAGGUGUGCGACACGUACCCGUCGACCCUGGUGGUCCCGGUCAACAUCCCCGACGAGGAGCUGAAGAGGGUGUCCGCCUUCCGAGCCAAGGGCCGCAUCCCUGUUCUGUCCUGGAUCCACCCGGAGACCCAGGCCACGGUGACCCGCUGCAGCCAGCCCAUGGUGGGCGUCAACGGCAAGCGCAGCAAAGAGGACGAGAAGUACCUCCAGGCCAUCAUGGACGCCAACGCUCAGUCCCACAAGCUCUUCAUCUUCGACGCCAGGCCCAGCGUCAACGCAGCUGCUAACAAGAUGAAAGGGGGUGGGUAUGAGAGUGAGGACGCCUAUCAGAAUGCCGAGCUGGUCUUCUUGGACAUCCAUAACAUCCAUGUAAUGCGCGAGUCACUACGCAAGCUUAAGGAGGUGGUUUACCCCAAUAUCGAGGAAUCCCAUUGGCUCUCCAACCUCGAGUCCACUCAUUGGCUGGAGCAUAUCAAGCUGAUCCUCGCAGGGGCACUGCGUAUCGCCGACAAGGUGGAGUCUGGGAAGACCUCGGUGGUGGUGCACUGCAGCGACGGCUGGGACCGCACGGCCCAGCUCACCUCUCUGGCCAUGCUGAUGCUGGACGGACACUACCGCACCAUCCGGGGCUUCCAGGUGCUGCUGGAGAAGGAGUGGCUGAGCUUCGGACACCGUUUCCAGCUGAGGCUGGGCCACGGGGACAAGAACCACACAGAUGCAGACCGCUCUCCUGUGUUCCUCCAGUUCAUCGACUGCGUGUGGCAGAUGACGCGGCAGUUCCCCGCAGCUUUCGAGUUCAACGAGUACUUCCUGGUCACCAUCCUAGACCACCUGUACAGCUGCCUGUUUGGGACAUUCCUGUGCAACAGUGAACAGCAGAGGGCCAAAGAGGAAAUUCCCAAGAAGACUGUGUCUCUGUGGUCGUACAUCAACAGCCAGCUGGAGGAUUUCACCAACCCUCUGUACGUGAACUACUCCAACCACGUGCUGUUCCCUGUGGUCAGCAUGCGCCACCUGGAGCUCUGGGUGGGCUACUACAUCCGCUGGAACCCUCGCAUGAGGCCACAGGAGCCCGUGCACCAGCGAUACAAGGAGCUCCUUGCCAAGCGGGCGGAGCUUCAGAAGAGGGUGGAGGAGCUGCAGCGAGAAGUGACCAAUCGCUCGGCCUCCUCUUCUUCCGAGAGGGCGGGGUCUCCAACCCGCUCCAUCACUCCAGUGCAGACCUUCGUUUGACACGAGUGAACCAGCGGAUGGUGGGUGGUAGAGUACCUUAAAGGUAGGGGGUCCCAUUACAAGAUGGUGCCAGAUUCACAACCAGUAGACCGCACUGUAGAAGGUCUGUCUGGUUUGGUUUGUGUUUAGGAUAAAACACUGCUAUAGGAAUCCAUCACCAAAUGUCUGUCGAAUCAGAGUUUUGGCUAGGCUGCAUCUCUCUGCUGCUCCCAAAGCUGGGUUCUAGAAGGGUCUGCAGCACAUAGAGCUGUCUGUCUGUCUCAGACCACCUCACUAUAGCCAUACUCUACUGCACUGACCCCCUAUGGGGGCCACAAAGAUGACAUGCAAACUUAGUACUAUUA